GCCCCCGCCCCAGGCCGCCCCUGGCCCGGGGAGCCCAAGGCCGCCCGCAGGGGCGUGGGCAGGGGGGCCCGGGACCCCAUGGGCGCGCUCCUGGGAGAGCUGCUCCCCUGCAAAUUCCGUGAGUUCCUGGCCCAGCUGCGGGCCAAGUGCUCAGAGGAGCCGGAGCUGCAGGCGCAGACGCCCUCAGCUCCGAAACAUCAAAGUGGGGUGUCCGGGUCCUGGCGGGAUUCUCCACAGUGUCCCAGCUGCCAGUUCCUCCCAGACCUGAGGGACCAGUUGUCAGACUUCCAGGAGAGACUUGACAAGAUUUUGCGCUACCAGAAAUCUACCCUGGGACCCCUGAGGGGUGACUACUCAGAAUUCCCCACAGUCAAAAAGGACAGCCCGUUCUGUGGCACACCGGGCCCCGAGGCCAUGCCCACCCCCACCCUCUCCAGGGGAGGCCUGGGGCCCCGAAGGCGCAGCUGCCCUUUCCGGGUGCGGUUUGCGGACGAGUCACUCAGGGACAGCGCGCUGCGCUACUGGGAACGUCGCUGUGCAGUCCAGCAGAACAUGACAGCCACCCCGCCAGCAGAGUCGGUGCCCAGGAUGGGGUUGGGGAGCCUCGGGAGGUGGCCGGACAGUUUGCCCAAAGCCGAGUCUCCCCGGGUCAAGGAAGAUGCCACGGCCAGCUCCGCAUGCUGGGCCCACCCUGGCCUGGUCACUGCAGUGAGGCUGUGGAGGGACCUCCCGGGCCUUCUGGACACCUGCAGCUUCCUGGAGCAGGUGGGCCGAUCACCCUCCUCCUGGAGCCAGAAGCCGGAACCCUUUCUGCCCGACCUGGUGCUGCAGUCAGUCUUGAAGCAUGGCUACCCUAAGGGCUACUAGCUUCUGUCUUCCACAACUCUGACUGCUCAUGGGUGCCCCAGCUGAGGGCUGCAUGCCGGCCAGGCAGUGAGGGUGUCCUGCCUCAGCCUACUAAUAAACACAUAUCCCAGGUGGCUGGGAUCUGCUGUUAGGUCUCACA